AUGGCCGCCUCUUUUGCUCUCGAAGCAGGGAAAACACCUCUCCACGCUGUGCAGCUACUAGAGUUGGGCAGCGGAAUCAUCACUAGUCUUCGAUCUCGGUUGCGGUUUGAACAACUUCGAGAUAUGCUAGACUGUCCGAUCAAAGAUCUUUAUGACAGCGGAGCCGAGGGCGAUCCUUUGGGCUCCAAGCCAAAGAGAAAUGACCGCCACCAAGCGAGCUUUGAUCUUGACGAUACCAUUGGGCAGAUUCGCCUCCUCCCUGGCUUCGAGAAGCUUCUGCGCCCUCCGCCAGUCGAGGACGUGGAGGAAAGGAUGAAGAUGUUGAUGCAAAUUCGAUCCAACUCUAAAUUGAUACAACAAGCCGAAGCGGAUAUGUCUAGUAUACUGGGGUGGCUCUGGGACGUUGCAGUGUGCCCGAUUCUGGAUGCGCUGGGCUUUUCAAAGCCUCCCAUGAAUGGUGAGUGGCCCCGAGUAUGGUGGAUUCCAGUCGGCGAAUUACGCUCACUUCCGCUGCAUGCUGCAAUCCAGAAAGGCUCGUGA